CAGUUUUUUUUUCUCGCUGUUCCUCUUCCCGCCUCCACACACCAACCAUUAAAGCCUUUACCUCCCGCCUUUUCUUUCCCCUCCUCGAAACAAUGGCCGGCGCACUUACCAUUCACGACAACAACACAACGGUGGCGGCGAAGGUUGGCCAGCCGCUGCACAUCACCCUGAAGGGCAACCCCACGACCGGCUACCGGUGGACGCGCGUGAACUACGAAGAAAAGGAUGUGCUGAGUGACGACGACAUGGAGGUGGUGGCGGAGUUCAAGCAGACACCCAGCAAGCCUGGCAUGGUCGGCGUGGGGGGUGAGUACCACGUGACGGUCACGCCGAAGCGGCCGGGCAAGCACACGGUGGAGCUGGUGUACGCCCGUUCGUUUGAGGGGACCAAGCCGGACAGCCAGAAGUACGUCCUGCACCUGGACACGAAGUAA